AAAUCCCCAUCCCUUCUCUUCCUCCUGGUAUUAAAAGCCCAUCAGCCCCCACCCUUCUCCAUCCAAGAAGAAAAGAGACACCAAACCGAGGCAUUCCAUCGGCUCUCCAUCGCACAAACUCUUUCGUUUCUUUAGGCUUCCAACCUUUUUCUGAAUAACUUUUGUCUCAUAUGAUAUAUUUCCCAAUGAGGGCUUCAAUGGUUUUGGCUCUUCUUCUUCUUGUUCUGGGCCUGGUGGUUCUUCCUACAAAGGGCUUGAUGCCCUACUCUCGGAGCCUUUGGGACAUGAUGUUGCCUAGUGAUCAGGAUCCUUUCCGAAUCUUGGAGCAGACUCCCUUCACCGUGCCUAAGGCAGUGGACGCCCUCGCCCUCGCAUGUGCCGACUGGAAGGAGACUCCCCAGGCUCACGUGAUCUCUCUCGACGUUCCAGGGGUAAAGAGGGAAGACAUCAAGAUCGAGGUAGAGGAUAACCGGGUGCUAAGGAUCACCGGAGAAAGGAAGAGCGAGGAGGAGGUGGAGGGUGAGAAAUGGCACAGAGCCGAGAGGACCGCCGGCAAGUUCUGGAGGCAGUUCAGGCUUCCUGCGAGCGCCGACAUGGACUCCAUCAAAGCUCAUUUGGAGAAUGGAGUUUUGACGGUGACCGUGCCCAAAUUGGCUGAGGAGAAGAAGAGGCAACCGAGGGUGGUGAACAUAGUAGAAGAGAGCAGCAAGGGUGAAGACAUCAAGGCAUCAAAAGCAGCAAUGUAGUAGUUGUACUUUGAGAAUUUCCCACCUACAUGUACUUCUUUUUUUAAUUUUGUGUAUGUUGUUCUCGCUGCUUGUAUGGAUUUGUUGGACUUUUUAUUGGUUCCGUAUGUGGUGUGUGUGAAGUUGUUACUCUGCUGAAAUAAAAUGGAGUAUGAAGUGACUCUGCGAAUUGUUUUUGUU